CGAUGCGAUCAAUACUCGUCCCGUAGGAAGCUGUCAAUUUUCUAUUCGCCUUUGUUUUGAAUUUAAUUCGUGUCGAAGCGAAAAAUUCUAAUAAAUAUAUUUUUUACCUACCCAAAGUUAACGUUAACAUAUAAUUUAAAGUGAUCCGUAAGAAAUGCCUGAACAGAAUAUUUCGGAAAUGGAGCAUGACAUAAAGAAACUGAAGAGAUUCUUUGAGAGCUGGCGCAUGGCUAUUCUGCCUAUGAAGUCUGUCAUCUUGUGGGAGCAGCCGUGGCACCCCGCUGCCUUACUUGCGGGAGUGUCUUUCUACCAUCUUUUACUUUGGCUUAUGGACCUGGACUUUCUAGCGGCUCUGGCAUUCACGGGCAUGACACUCAACAUGAUAGACUUCCUUUUACCUGUAGUCUGCAACUCAAUUUACAAUCCAAAGUCGUGGACCAAUGAACAGGAUAAGGAGUUUGAGAAAACUUGUGAAAGUGUUGCAGUUCUGAAACAAAAGAUUGUCCACUUUGGCAAGAGAUACAUGGCAUUGAGGACCAACAGUCCUGUCAUGUACUAUGUGGUCACAAUUGGAACGCUGACCAUAUUCACCUGGAUCUCCAUCUGGAUCAACAACAUGAUGCUGAUCUUCCUCGUGGAGGUGGUGUUGGUGCUGCUGCCGGGGAUCCAGCACCGCGGCCUCCUCAACAUGGGGCUCUCACUCAUCAACAAGUGCAAACCCAUCAAGGCUGACUGAACAGUUGGCCUGAAGUCUGCCAAAUCUUCGUAGAUUUCCUAUGCAGUAUCUAUUCUGGUCAUUAUUAUUUCGUUGUUACAUAUGAAAUUUGAAUUUUGAUUUAGUGGGUAUACUUUGAUCUCAAUUUUGUACUGUUUGGAUAAGAGUUCUAAUUUAUAAAAUCUCAAAAUUUACUGGUAGUAGUAGGUACCUAUGCAUACGAAAUACUACUUUCAUAUGUAACAACCUAAUUAUGUUAAGUUUAAGCUUAGCUUAUUCUGUUGAAGCUUUAAUGUUUGAGCUGUGUGAUAAAUGUGUUUUUGGUUAAAUUAAAAAUACAUUGUUUAGAUAGUCUG